CUAAUAAUCAUUAAAACUUUGUUCCACCCAUUAAUACUCAGUUUCAUAGAAUGAGUAAGUUCAUAUCUUUAUUGAUGAGCACAUGCCAAGUAAAAUAAUUUCAAACACACACCUACACAAAAUUCAUGUAAUACAUGCAGUAAUAUAGGAGCAAUUGAUAUUGUCUUAGGAUGAUAAUACUUUAACGGGCACAUAUAAUUAUUCUUUAUUAUUUUUUGAAGUUAGAACAAAAUGAUUGAAGGAAAGAAAAUACUUUAAAUGAAAAGUUAUACUCCCUCCGUCCCGUUGGGAUGUUCCCGCUUUCCUUUUUUAGCAGUCCCAAAAAGAAGUUCUCAUUUCCCUAAAUGGAAAGUUAUCCUAGAUCAAAACAGUGCAAAACAGUGUCAAACCGUGUCAAACAAUAUCGAAAUAGUGUCGAAACAGUGUCAAAACAGUAAAAUUUACCUCUAGUAAGUUUAUUUCGUUAAUAUGCAUGUGGGUCAAACCGGGAAUAUCCAACGGGACGGAGGGAGUAGUAAAUUAAGAACACACUAUAUCUUUUCAUUAUUAUCAGGUCAUCACAACAUCUUGUUAGAGCCACAUCUAUGACGAGCUUUCGUGCAUGAUUUUGGCUUGCAGCGUGCUUCUAACUUCUAAGCCUUAGAAAAGUACAAAAAAAUGACAAAUCUUAAAAUGUCCUUCAAAUAAUAUAAAAAUAGCUAGACAUAAAUAAUUGAUCCAAUAAAAAGAACCAAAACCCCAACAUUUUUGUAGCAAAAUGGUAGCAGUCUUCAACAAAGAACUGAUGAGUUGGUACCUUAUCACCCUCAAGCUCAACCAAACACUUGACAAUCGUCUCCAAAAUGCACAAACCCCUCCCCCUUCCACAGCCACCCGAGCCAUCGAAUUUGAAGAACUCCAGAAAGAACAAAACCAACCAGCUUCUCCUUCAUUGCAGGUCGGAAUCAAGAACAAAAAUAAAUCUUUCAAGGAAUUUCCGAAAUCCCCGGAAUCAGAAUGGGCAAUUAACAUCAGAGAGAAGCUCGACCAAGCCAAGCAAGAAGACGAUUCCGGGUCAUGGUCUAAGCUCUCUAUUUACAGAGUCCCACUGAGCCUGCGAAAAGACGGCGACGACAAAGCUUACAUUCCUCAGAUGGUCUCCUUGGGUCCGUACCACCGUGGAAAGCGGCGCCUCAAGAACAUGGACCGCCACAAAUGGCGAGCUGUUUAUCACACCUUAAACCGCACGAAUCAGGAAAUAAAAUCGUAUCUUGACGCCAUUAGAGCAGUUGAAGAAAAGGCACGAGCUUCGUACGAGGGUUCAAUCAACCUCAGCAGCAACGAAUUCGUGGAAACGAUGGUUCUGGACGGGUGUUUUGUUCUGGAAUUGUUCCGGGGCGCGGCGGGCGGGUUUAAAGAUCUCGGGUAUGGAAGAAACGACCCGGUUUUCGCCAUGCGUGGGUCGAUGCACUCGAUCCAGAGGGAUAUGAUUAUGCUGGAGAAUCAAAUUCCUCUCUUUGUUCUAGAUACCCUUUACUCCAUCCAGUCUGGUGAUCUUGAUCCGAAAGGAGGGGUUGUGGCUAAUUUAGCUGUAAGAUUCUUUGACCCGUUGAUGCCCUCUGAUGAACCCUUGACCAAAAGUGGUAUGAACAGGCUUGGGAAGUCAUUUGACCCGUUGACCGACUUGGCCGGCCUUCAUUGCCUUGAUGUGUUCAGGAGAAGUCUUCUGAGAACAGGACCAAAACCAACUCCAAAAUUUGGGAUCAAGAAAUGGUCGAACAACAACCGGGUUGCGGAUAAACGAAGGCAGCAACUGAUUCAUUGCGUCUCUGAGUUGAGAGAAGCAGGAAUCAAGUUCAAAAGAAGGAAAACAGACAGGUUUUGGGACAUAAAGUUCAAGAAUGGGUAUUUGAAGAUUCCGAGGUUGUUGAUACACGACGGGACGAAGUCACUCUUCCUUAACCUCAUCGCCUUCGAGCAGUGCCAUCUGGACUCGAGUAAUGACAUUACAUCGUAUGUCAUUUUCAUGGAUAAUCUCAUAAACUCCCCGGGUGAUGUGAGUUACCUGCACUAUUUCGGGAUAAUUGAGCACUGGCUUGGGAGUGAUGCAGAAGUAGCAGAGCUUUUCAAUCGGCUAUGCCAAGAGGUCGUGUUUGACGUGAACGAUAGUUAUCUUUCGAGGUUGUCUGAGCAGAUAAACCGAUACUAUGAUCAUAGGUGGAAUGCUUGGAGAGCGGCAUUGAAGCACAAGUAUUUCAACAACCCAUGGGCAAUCAUAUCUUUCUUUGCUGCUGUGGUGUUGUUGGUGUUAACUUUUGCCCAGACUUUCUAUGGAGUGUAUGGAUACUACAAUCCCAUUUCUUGAUAGUCAAACAGCUUUCUGAAAUCAACCGGGAGUUGUUCGAUCAAUACUGAAAAUACAUAAGAACUAAGAAUGUUGUCACUGUGUCUUGUGAGAUGGUCUCACAGUGACACUUGACAAAAUGAAGUGUUCUAAAAAAAAGUAGUACACGAUUCUUUUGAAAAGUUACAUGCAAAUUUUGAAAAGCUCACCAAGAAUUUAAAACGUUGGAGCAUGAGUGAUUUUACCUUUGUGGUGUUAAGGGUAUAUGGUUACCCCUGUUGUUUGAGAGGCAUUUACUUGGUGUGUUUAUGAAUUAUGAAUUAUGAAUUGAGGCAUCCAGUUUCGCAGUUUGUACUAGUGUUACAUGAAUAUAUUGCAAAAAUGCAAGGGCACACAUGCUAAAGCAAAUAAUAUCUUACAAUCCUAUAAACGUUAAUAGAGAUAAGGGUAUAACUCUUACAAUCUCAUAAAUAAACGUUAAUACAAGUAAGGGCAUAACAGGUAGCUUAAAAACGUUGGUGUAAUUUGUUGCUAAAUAAUAAAUAUGAUAGUACUCUUAGAUGUAAGAGUUGUACAACUUUGUAUAAUAUUUAGGGAAAUUUGUCAAAUAGGUUCUAUCUACUUAUACGAAAAAGUCAAUUGAGUCCUUGUACUUUUUAGUGAAUCAGUUGUGUCAUGUUUUUUUUACUGUUUUAUAUUAAUUUU